UGCUGGUGUCAACAUGGAAGAGAGCGAGCAGGGUGAAGAAGGGAGAGUCGGGGACACGGGUUCUUGUACCCCACCGCCGAUCGCUACAACACCUCCAGUAUCACAGUUUGGACGCCUGGAAGAGCUUCAGAGUGAGAGCAGCAGCCCAGGAACCCAUAUCUCCAGCACCAGCGGCAUGUCUCUGGGGGAGGCCAUCAGACAGGCUGCGAGUCAGAGUAUGGAAUCCUGGUACCAACUUCCAACAGAGGAGGAUGACAGUAACUUGUUACCCACAUUUAGUGAGAUUGGGACAUUUGCUGAGCAAACAGAGUUCCCAACCAUUGAAGAAGGAACAAUACAUUUAGAACCAGACCGUGGAAAGGGGGCUUCUGAAAUAAAGUCUUUCUCAUUAAAUCUUGAAAUGCAGGACAGCCGGCUUUCUCCGUGUCUCCCGCUGCUGACAUCAGGAACUGCUCAGCGACAGAAGUUUUUUGAUGAUACUCUUCUUCAGAAAACAGAAAUGGAUUUUGCACCUUUGAGAGGUUCCCUUGAUAUGUCUGAGUUUCCCAGUCAUCAUUCGUUGCAAAUAAGCGAUGCAGUGGCACUUGCUAGCAAAGAGGUCUCAUUGUAUACGGCUGAGGGCACUGUAACUUUGUCCCAGCAUGAUAAUGAAGAUGUAGAUGCCAGCAGCAUGUACAACAUAUCUCAGCACCCACUGUAUGUCCUCAACAUGGACAGAGGAAGCGCUGAUCAUGGCUACCACACAACAGAUGUGGAUAUUCCUGGUAUACCAGAUUCUAAAGAACUAGCAGUUUCUUCACAGGAGCAGGUUGACAAAUGUUUCAGGCAAGAAGAUGGUUUGUUUUUGGACAGCAAUGUUCCUGCUCCUUUGUUGCUGCAGUUGCUUGAAAAGGAAGUUGGCCUAUCGAGCAGCAGUGGAAUGUCUUCUAGAACAUCAUCUUCCCAAUCAGUAACAGCUAAAGAGACCGAGAGCAGUGACAUCACACAAAAUAUAAAACCUGAUCUGCAACAGCAAACCACUACAAAACAUCAGCUGUUGCAAGAGGUUCCAUCAAAAGCAGAUGUCAAUCCACUUGAUGAAGAAUAUUUUAAAGACUCUAGAGAAAUAGAUUUUUUCAAUACGGACUCCUAUAAGGAAUUAGAGGAAGAAAAUAUUGAUCCAAAUCAGUCUGGUAUCACUGUGCGCUCAUCUAUAAAACAGCAUAACCAAGUGUCAAAAGAAGUGCUUCAUAAACAGAUGUGUUCUGAGAUCCAACAACGAUUUAAAGAGAGAAAAAUCUCUAACGUCAGUGAAAGCCAAAGCAAGAAUUCUAGCAAUGUAAGAAUAGACACUUCUCUGGUACCAGAAAUUUACACAGAAUCAAACAGUGGGAAAGAGAAUACUAUUAUAGAAGCACAUUCAGCAAUUAGUUGUGAUGACCUUACUAUUUCUUCUCGUGGCAGCAUAGAAAGGGGUCACAAAGAUGCAGGAAUAUCGCCUUCUGAUAACCCUACUGUAGAAGAUGGCUCAUUUAUUGGGCGACUGGCUCACCCAAUCUCUCAGUCCACUCCUGGUACGUUUACAGUGAAAGGUGGGAAAAAACAUCUCACUGACAAACUAUUGCAAAUUAAGGCAAAACUUACAGGAUCCGAUAUGUCCUUAAAUGAGGAGGAACCUUCAAACAGCUCUUCACAGAGUAAUAUGGCUCCAUCUGGAAAGCAUCAGAACUUGCCAAGUAGUCAUGAAAGCUACCCAGACAGCUCUGACUCUCCACGAUCAUUGUCCCCUCAAAGAAGAAGAAUACAGUCUCUGCCCAGCCUAAAUUACAUUGAGAAGGUUGGUGCAUGGAAUACAAACCAGUCCUUUGAUGCGUUGGUUCUUAGAGGUUUAACGGGAGUGUCCCCAAAAAAGAGGGCAUACAACGCAGUUGCAGAAUCUUUAAACCGAAUUCUUUCUAGCCAGAGAAGCAGCACCACACAGAAGAGAGGACUAGCUGCCUCCUUUUCUGGAACAUCUUCUAUGACCAACUUGAAUUCAAAAGAGAAGUAUACCAGCAGCACCUCGCAAAUUACCAGAUCUCAGUCUUACAACUCUGUAUCCACAAUAAUCCCAGAAACCCCACCCGUAACAACACAAGAAGCCGUUGAUAAACCUGUAAAAGAACUUAAUGAGAUGACUGUAAAUGCAGAUCCUGGGAAAACUGGUGAAUGCUUAAUGGAAGAUAUAGAAAAAUCUUGCAAUGUCCCCAUUGCUGCUGUAAUAGAUGUUUGUGAUUCACAAAGGGAGUGCAGCACAGACCAAAGUAUUCAAGAAAGCAAGUCUACAGCUGAAAUAGAUUUAAAAUUUAAGGGAGAGAUGGACCUUGCAAAUAAUGCGAGUGAAAGAACUACAGAUAAAUCAAUACCUGGUGUUGAUGUAGGUCCAGUUUCUCGUAUGAUGGACCAGUUUAGUGAUGUCUCCCUAGAUAAUGAUUUCUUGAGUAGCUCUCAUUCAAGUGAUCAAGCUAACCAGAUUUUUACAAAUUCUGCCAUGGCUGCUUCUAUACGCUCAGUAAUGAGCUUAGAGAUUGAUAACUUUGUCCCCUUCUGGUCACCUUCUGCAAAAACACCAGAGAUAAAAGAGAUCAACAUUGAAGAAAGAAUACCAACAUAUCUUCGCAAUCUCGGUAUUGAUCAAUCCCCGACCACUAUUUUAACACCAUUUGUUCCAAAAGGGCCAAUAAGGGAGCCAGAAUUUUCUCCCUCAGAGCUAAGAACUAUAAAGGGAUCUACAGCCACGCCUACCAAAAGCUUGCAGUUGUCCGAAGGAGGCUCCCAGGCUGCAGUUAACAUUUCUUAUUCCAGCAUCUUUUCUACGGCAUCUACUACAAGUGUAUCUAUACCUAUGGGUUCCGAGCAUGGCCAUGACUCUCCUCUACCAACUGAACCAACUCCACCUCUUAGCCCAACGUCACCUAAAGACAGACCAGUAAGCCAGUAUGAUCUCACCUCACAUGAUGAUGAAAGCAACAUGCAGCCUUUGGCCAUUAAGAAGUGUGAUGAACAGACUGUAGAGAUACCGGUCAGUGAACAGCUUACAGAGAUCCGUAAAGGGCAAUUAUUUACCCCAGACCUCCAUUCUGAAGAGGAAAAUGCUACAGAAGAAACAUAUCGAGUUAAACAACUUAUACACAGAUUUGAAUAUGGAAGUCAAGUAGUGAAUCAGAAUAAUCACUCUGCAGAUGGUCAUGAUGUAGAAGGACGCAUAGAUUUGUCAUUAAGGACCGGGGCCUCCAUGCAGAAGCAAACUAUGGAUUCCAUAAAUGAUUCUUUUGUUGGAUCCAAAACCCUCAAAGAGAUCCGUAAAUUAUUGGCAGAAGCGGACGAUCCUGGCCUUGAUUUUUCUGGUGGUGGAUUUUCUCUCACAUCAUUAAAAGACUCGGGUGAAUUAUCUCAGUUGUGGCUGAAAUUAUCUGACUCUCUAAAAUCAGAUGACAUAGGAAGUGAAACUGCAAGCCCCAUUGGUGGCCUAGUGAAAGCAACGUCAUGGGAAAGCUUAUUAAACAGCAGUGUGAGAAACAACAAAUUACUUGAAAGUUCCUCCUCAAAAGCUGAUUUGGGUUGGGGUGAUAUUUCAGUAAGCAAUGAUAAAACUGGAUCUUUUUUGGAAGAAGUGAAUGGGAGUAAAAAGCAAACGACUGAACCCUUUUUGCUGCAAAGACACUAUGGGAGGUUUAAACCAGAGGGCUCAAGUGAAGCCACAAAAGAUAAAAUUAUGCCUUAUAAUGUUCAGUUCCAAAACAAUUUAAGUAGCAAAGACAAUGCAGUCGAUUUAUUUAGAGGACCUCAAAAUACUUCAGAGCUUCUAAAUAACGUUACCAGUGCAGUGGGAAGCUUAGCCCAAACACUGGCCAAGACUACGGUUGCUACGUCUACAAGACGAAGAGAUGACCUACCAGAAAGUGACGAUAGCAGUGCUGAUUCCCUUGCUGCACGGGUCACUAGUCUUCUGAGAAACAACGCUCCAUUGGCUAGUGCAGAACAAAUAAUACAAAAUGCUGAAGAGGAGGAAAAGAGGAGACCCGGUACAUACUUUAGUUCUGCCAGCGCAGUGGGAGGUCUACAACAAGCAUUGGUGCAGAUAGAUGUUGCAUUCACAAGACAAAAAAAGGACCUACCAGAAAGCGAUGAUAGCAGUACUGACACCCUUGCUGCACGGGUCACAAGCCUCAUGAGAAACAAUGCUUCCUUGGCUAGCUCAGAACAAACAGUACAAAAUGCUGAAGAUGAAGAAAAGUUAGAACAUGGUGCAGUGAAUCCGCCUUUGUACACAGAGAGAGAUCUGAGCGAAGAGGACAGAAAGCGAAUAGAAGAGAUAAAGAGAGAGCUGCUUCAAGGUGCAAGGGAGGCUAGAGGAGCAAAGAAUCAGUAUGAUACAAGCAGUGGAUUAAAAGAUCUGAGCCAGUGGAAGGAAAGGGAGCACGUACAACAUGUUUCUCCUUCACCCAUUCCUGAUCGGUCGUAUGAUCUGAGGCCUCUUAACUUGCCAAAAGUAUCUGCAGAGCAACAUGUACCGCCAACUAGUGAUAGAGUACAUAGUUACCGAGAUCGAUCUGAAAUUACCACUUUUAAAGAUGUCCCACCAACUAGUGAUAGAGCUCAUAGCUACCGAGAUCGAUCUGAAAUUGUUACCACUUUUAAAGAUGUUCCACCAACUAGUGAUAGAGCUCAUAGCUACCAAGAACGAUCUGAAAUUGUUACCACUUUUAAAGAUGUCCCACCAACUAGUGAUAGAGCUCAUAGCUACCAAGAACGAUCUGAAAUUGUUACCACUUUUAAAGAUGUCCCACCAACUAGUGAUAGAGCUCAUAGCUACCAAGAACGAUCUGAAAUUGUUACCACUUUUAAAGAUGUCCCACCAACUAGUGAUAGAGCUCAUAGCUACCAAGAACGAUCUGAAAUUGUUACCACUUUUAAUGAUGUUCCACCAACUAGUGAUAGAGCUCAUAGCUACCAAGAACGAUCUGAAAUUGUUACCACUUUUAAUGAUGUUCCACCAACUAGUGAUAGAGUACAUAGUUACCAAGAUCGAUCUGGAAUUGUUACCACUUUUAAAGAUGUUCCACCAACUAGUGAUAGAGCUCAUAGCUACCAAGAACGAUCUGAAAUUGUUACCACUUUUAAUGAUGUUCCACCAACUAGUGAUAGAGUACAUUGUUACCGAGAUCGAUCUGGAAUUGUUACCACUUUUAAAGAUGUUCCACCAACUAGUGAUAGAGCUCAUAGCUACCAAGAAGGAUCUGAAAUUGUUACCACUUUUAAAGAUGUCCCACCAACUAGUGAUAGAGCUCAUAGCUACCAAGAAGGAUCUGAAAUUGUUACCACUUUUAAAGAUGGAUAUACUUUGUCUCCUUCCCUAAAGCAGCCUGAAAUCAUUUCUGUGUCUCAUUAUUCAGAGUACAAGGACAGAGGUGGCUUGCAUGCUGACAAUCAAGUACCAUUUUCCCUUCCAAUAUCAUAUGAGGGCACCAAGCCAAUCAACUCAAUUACUUUUGCCUCCCGCAAAUAUUCCUCCCAGCUUUCCUUAUCUCCUGAGCCUGAAACUGAAUCUCAGGAGAAUAUACCAGUGGAUUUGCAAUCUAUGAACAUUGAUAAAACCUCACACAAUAUUUUAGUAAGUACUGAAUCUGCUCCGUUAAUAUUAAAGGCAGAUAACCAACCUCUUGUUAAAUUUCAGGACACUCCCAUUCUACAAUGCGUUAGUAAACCUGCAUUUCAAGAGAAAACCCCGCUAUUACCUGCAUGUAUAUCAACUGAUUAUUCUCUGGCCAGACAGUUUUUCGGUCAAAGUUUUGCCGUUGAUCAACUGAGUUCUUCUUCUAUAAGAAAAUCAGUUUCACUUGAUGAUGUAAACAGUGGUCAAGUUAUUAAAAAAUCUGGUGAACAUACAUUGGCUGCUUUUCAACAGGACAAGGACCGUUCCAAUUUAUCAAAAGUGGAGACAUCUAGUGUCACAUGUUUAGGUCACGACUUCAACAGACAUAUUAAGGAUAGACCAAUAUCUGCUGUAAUAGAAGAGAAAGAAAAACACGAUGGAGGCUCCCAGUCUAGUUUUAUAAGGGCAGAACCCAUCCGCACGUCAUCUCCCACCAGAAAAGCACUUUCCUGUGUUCAUGUUACUAUUUCCCCAAAACUGGACAGCUCUAGGAAACUUGAUUUUGUCAUUGACAAGUCAGUUAUAGGAGGUAUAUCUGAUCAUAAUGAAAUAGCAGAAACUAUCAGGAUAGAUGGAGCAGAAACACCCAGGCCCCGCUGUACAGAAUUAUUAAAAAAGGAACAAGUACUCCAUAGCCAAGAUCUGUUGUCUUAUAAGGGAAUCAAUAGUUCUUCUUAUUUCUUGCACCCUCCUCCUGAAACGUAUAGAACUGCGGCACAAACAAGUGGUGAGGAGGACCAGAGACAUCAGAAAGAAAGGGAAGAUAAUGUGAGAAAACGAACACUGUUAUCUGAUGCUACAACACAGAUAACCACUGAAAGUCCUUCAAAAACAACAUUUUCAGCUGAAAUUUUUAUUAAUGAUGCAGAGAGAGAUAAUAAAAUCUCCACGUCUUCAAAGUUAAAGUCAGCAGAGACUUCAGAUGUGCAGCCGUUAGAUCGUGUUCAGGUGGCUUACCUUUCCCGGGCAACUGAUCAACCAAUGCUCCUGCCAUACAGACCGCCAGGAAGUCCCGAAUUGUUCUAUGUGCCAUAUAUUGACAAAGUAUCCAGAUUAUCGCCUGUCAGAUCAAGUAGCACAAUAGAAAGUUCACAUACAGGCUCUAAUGAUGCUAUAUCACCAACGUUUCCAGCAGAAGUGCUGGGCUCAGCUACUGAAAAGCACUCAAACUUUCCUGUGCAUAAAGACGGCAUCUACAGCAAGGGCGUGGGGCCAAAAAUAGCCUGGGAGGAUGGUAUGGAUGAUCCCAAGGAAACAGAUGCAGAUAACAUUGAACACACAAGAACUAAAGUCUUAUCCACGCCUGUUCAACAUGGGUCCCAAAACCAGACAGAAAAAACAUGUACUACUUAUGAGCCAAGAAAAAUGCCAGAUUAUUUUACAGAAGGGCUCAUGUCAUAUAAUCAACAGAAGGAAAAUGAGUUCUUCCCUUUAAGACCAGAAGUUGAUUAUAGUCGAGAACACUACUCCCAUGGGAAAUUAUCACUAAUUAGUAAUAUGAUAGAGGAAAAAACUGAGAAGUCUCAAAGAAAGAAAAAUGAAAAUGAUAACCCUAUAAGUUUACGGACCAUAGAUAUCACUAAUAAACAUCAGUCUUUAAAGAACAGGGAUUAUGUCAACAACAGCAGUGAAGUCACUGAUUUCAGGAAGGGAGCUCCAGAAAAUGUCAAAAGCUUGAGGGAUAUCAGUGUUACCGCCUCAAAUAGCAAGACCGCUGAUGCCAUAAGAAAAUCACAGCACAAAACCUCACAAAAUCAAAAUCAAAGCAAUCUUUCAAGCUUAGAUGAUUUAUGGGCUCGGUAUACAGAAAGAAAACAGAAUCAUCUCUCAGAUUCCAACAGCAAGCUAGAAUUGUCUUUGGUGGAGCGUCUGGACCGUCUAGCAAGGCUUCUUCAGAGAUCUUUUGCCCACUCAUCAUUUUCUGAAGAUGUGCACGUUACACAAGACCAAGUUCUGGGGAGAAAAGAGGUCACUGAAGGACAAUGGGCAAGUGAGAAGAUGGAUGAAGAAAGAUGGUACCAGUCUAAACAAUCUGGUUUGGAUGAUAUGAAGAUUUCCGAAGGCCCUCUGAGGCUAAAACAUUCUGUAGACAAGACACGUGACAGGUUGGCAUAUUCAGAUUUUUCUUCAGAGUUGAAGAGUACAGAAACUGAGAGUGUCACCACUGAUGUAGAAACUGCCACUCAAACAGACAGUGACUCAGUGGCUCAGACAGGAGUCAGUAGUUCUAUAUCCACCAUUGACACUGUGCGACUUAUCAAAGCUUUUGGUCCAGAGAGAGUUCAGCCAUCAUCACGGCUCUCACACUUGUAUAGCACCAUUGAUAAUCAGAAAAAACGCACUGAAGAAAGCAUGGGAAAGCUGAGAAGACAUAUUGUGGCUAAAGAGAGCUCUAAUAGAGAGUAUGCUGAGCUUAAGAGAAGUAACCGCAAUACACAGGCGGAGCAUGCAGACACUUCCUCAACCGUGAGUAGCUCCUGGGAACCGAGCCCAGCUCUCAUACAGAAAAAGAAAACCAGACAGUCGCACAAAGGCGUUCAGGCAGGAGACUUGGAAAUAGUGACCAGCGCCACCAAGAAAAAUACGAGAGAUGUUGGCACAACUUUCCCAUCACCAUGUGGGGAGCCACAGAGGUCAUUGAUGGAGUCUUCCAGCCGUGGGCACCAGCACAAUGAAGAGAACACGUGGGCCAGUAAGUUCCUUGGAGGGCGGACAGAGCGCAAGAGCAAGCGGUGCUUACCUCAAGGAAUGAGCUGGUUUGUUCCAGCAGAUGAUCUGAAAUCUGAGUCCAGGAAGGAGAAUGAAUCUAGCAUAGACUGCGGCCCCGGGCUGGCCUGGCAUGUACCUCUCAUUAUAACAAAGCCACUGAGGGAGCCGCUGAGGGAGAAGAACCUGCAGGAAUAUCUGACUAGAAGAGACAAAAAUCAGCUUGGGGGCUCUGAUGGGGAGAACAAAACCCUCAGACCGUUUGUGAAAGUUACCCUGCAGGAAUCUCUAAAGACUCACCGACCUGAUUUCAUCUUCCGUUCCGGUGAACGAGUCAAGCGGUUGCAGCUUUUAGCCAAGGAGCGUAAAUUGCAGACGGAGUUUCAGAGUGAACGAGAUGUGCUUUUCAACCAGGUGGCUCGAAGAGGCGUCAGUAACUACACGCAGAAAGAGUCGAGGAAAGUGCAGAAAACCAGAACCGUCCCAAAGCAAGAGAUGAUCCAACGUUCCAAAAGGAUAUAUCAGCAGCUCCCUGAGGUCAGGAAAAAAAGAGAAGAUGAAAAGAGACAAUCGGAAUAUGAAUUGUAUCGUUUGAAGGCUCAGCUAUUCAGGAAGAAAGUCACUAAUCACAUUUUAGGAAGAAAAACCCCAUGGAACUAAAGUGGACCCAGAUAAUGUUCCUUUUAUGUGUUUCCGUAAUGUGAAAGUCCAAACCGCCUAUAGAGUAGUGUGCGGGAUUUGUUUGUUUUAUUACUUUUUUAUUUUUGUAUCAUAGAUCUUUUUUCUAAUUUAUUCUUCUAUUUAUAUAUUUUUGUAGAGUUGUGCGUGUAAAUUAUUUUAAUAUAUUUUUUUUAAAUAUAGAGUUUAAAAUAUUGUCUCACUUGCUGCAGCAAUUAAAAAACAAAUGUAAAAAUCUUAAUAAAACGUUUUUAAAAAAAUA